AUGGCGAUUGAGACCAACAGCAUCCUAUCAGAGAGCGACAGUCAACAACAACAGAACCAGUUUCUAAUAACAGAGGAGGAAUCCAAGCAAUCUUAUGCUUCCGACUCUGACCCCCAGAAAGGCAACAUGGAUAUCCGCUUUGCUUCUCCCCUGCUGGAAUUUGGAUACCCUCCUGCCGUGGAAGAUUUUGAACAAGGCAAGACUACAGAAAAGCCACUUCUUCUAUACGUUCCUGGCUUUGAUGGUACCUACCUGUCCGCUUUCUUUCAGUAUCCAGAGCUGCACAGUCUCUUUGAAAUCCGAUGUCUCGUCUCCUCCAUGGAUGAUCGAUCCACUUUUAAUGACCUGAAGCAAACCAUUGUGGAGUUUCUCAAAUCAGAUAGUACCAACAGUGACAGCCAUUCGCAGGAACAGGAGCAUGCUCCACAGUCCCCGGAACAUCAACAAGCGUCCACGUCAUCGUCCCCGUCCACCAACAUCUUUUCCAGCUUUCUCAAACGAAACAACAACAACAACGAUAACAAUAACAACAACAACAAUGGCAAUUCAAACCACGCCCCAAAACAAAAGACUAGUCGGUCAAAAAAUACCGGCAGAACAGCUUCAUCCACCAGCCACAAUCAUCAAGGUAGCCAAAGACCUGUCUACUUGGCGGGUGAAAGCUUUGGCGGCAUUCUCGCAUUGGAAGUGGCUCUUGCUCUUACAGAGGACUCUUCUUCUUCGUCGUCCAACAAUAGCCACAAUAAUAUCAAUCUGCAGGGCUUGGUCCUCGUCAAUGCUGCCACUUGUUUUGAUAGAUCUCGCUUAGCAGCCGAAGGACCACCCGUUGGAGAGCUUCCUCCGAUGCUCUACUUUUUUGGCAUUCUCAAGUUGUUGCCCAUGUUCCUGGAUAAGAUCUCCUUACCACAGUUCUUGGCAAUCAUUCAAGGCAAAGCCUUGCCAAGCUUGAUUGACAAUCCCAUGAGAGAAGCCUACAUGGGACGACUAGCAUUUGCCUUGCCUUUUUUGCUCAAGUUCAUGCCGCAAGAUACCUUUCUGUGGAGGCUGGAACAAUGGUUGAGUGUGGGGUGCAAACGCAUGGAAACACAGUUGGCAGCAUUGCAGCAGCAGCAACAACAACAGCAACAGCCCAAAAAACGACAAAAGCCCCUGCGAACACUCAUUGUGGCGGGUGAAAAUGAUCUGACAUUGCCGUCCAUUGCAGAAGCGGAACGAUUGGCUCAAAUCUUUUCACCCAAUUGUCACGUUCAUGUCGUCCAACAAGUGGGACACGCCAACACUUGUGGGACGUGUCUCGAUUUGGCGGCUGAAAUGAGAAGUCACUUUGCCGAGCUACAAGAACAACAACAACAACAGGGAUCCGCUAAAAACAAUAGCAAUGGAACGGAGAAAGAAGCACUCAUGGGUCGUACGCAAAUGAAGCAAGUAGCAAGAGAAGGAGAAGGCAUCUACUUUGGCAUGGAGCCAAGGUAUGAUGGUAAGGCAAUUGGCUUGAGCCCUCUCUCUUACUGGUCCCGAGAAUACUACCGAAAGAUGGAAGGACAGGACCCUCGAUAA